AUGUGUUCCCACAUUUCGGAUAACCUCGGAUACAUUCCCAUACCUCACGCAUACCUUGUCCACUAUUUUCCCACGCUUAGCACACUCUUGGCACUUCAAGGCACAAGCUGGGAGAUGCAACAUGUGGGUGCAGAGUGUGUGGCCACCCGGUUUGACAAUAUUCUGCAGCCAUUUAUCAGGGAGCACAUGGCUGAAUUUUGGUUUUUGCUCCACAUGGCCUCAGCAGUCAUUAAUGGCUCUUGCGCAAUACAGAUGUUGCGAUCUGAUUAUCGUGAUCUCUCACUGGUGGUGCUUAUCCUCAAAACCCUGAAAUAUCACCAAUCACAGAACAUGGCCAUAAACUACUCUUACACAAAGGUUGUCAGCUCCUACUCAGAAUUCCAGCAUGCUGGAGGGCUCGCCAUCUUCUAUGCAUCAUGGACAUUGGAGGGCAUAGCCAUCACCAAUCACUCAGUGCUACACACCACACCUGGCAAAAAUGUAGGUUGUAUGGAGAAACAGGACUGGAAAGUCUACAAUACAACCUCCUUUCUCAAUGAACCCUGUGGACUGCUAUGCCUGACAUUAUGGAAUAACAUGGCCAAUGUAGGACCACAUGCCUUUGUCACAGAGUGGGACCAGAGGUUUCCCAUCAAGGGCCUGGUCAAUCGUUCCAAUGUUAUCUAG